CACAAUGGACACAUCAAUGCUUUACAGGGUUGUGAUGCGGUGGUCCUACCAGGAAACCUGGAAGAAGCUCCUGGCCAUCAGCAAGUACAAUGAGCAGGAGUCCUUCGCGGUUGUUUUCCAGCCUAUCUUCUUUGAGUCAUCCCCAUUGCCUGUCUUGGAGAAUCCACCGCUCCAGGAUCCCACCUCGCUUGCUUUGUUUCUCUGGAACAGCAUGAUGAAGUCAACAGAAGAAAAGGAUGAGCCAUUCGAUGCAGAAGAGAUGAGGCCAAUAAAAUGUCCCACUCGGAAGGAGCCCUAUCUCUUCACCUACAGGAACAGCAACUACCUGCCCAGCCCACGGAAACGCCUUAAGACUCCUGAGUUGAAAGAAGGAGCUGAAGUCAGAUGCCUUAACAAGAGCCCCUCCGACUCAAUUCCCACCUCAGUUCACAGGCUGAAGCCAGCUGACAUCAAGGUCAUUGGAGCCCUGGGCGACUCUAUCACAACAGGUAAUGGAGCUGGGUCCAAUCCCAAGGAUAUGUUGGAUGUCUUGACUCAGUAUCGAGGCCUGUCCUGGAGCGCGGGCGGAGAUGAGAACAUCAGCACUGUCACCACCCUGCCCAAUAUCCUCCGGGAAUUCAACCCUGCCUUGAAGGGCUUCUCUCUUGGCAAGGGGAAGGAAAAUAGUACAGGAGCCCAUUUCAACCAGGCCGUGGCCGGAGCCAAAGCCGAGGAUCUACCCGCCCAGGCCAGGAGACUGGUGGACCUGAUGAAGAACGACACGGAUAUCAAUUUUCAGGAAGAUUGGAAGAUAAUAACUUUGUUUAUAGGAGGCAACGACCUCUGUGUCUUCUGCAACAACUCGGAUCGCUAUUCUCCGCAGAACUUCUCAAGGAACAUUGGGAACGCGCUGGACAUCCUCCACGCCGAGGUUCCCAGGGCAUUUGUGAACCUGGUGGUGAUAUUGGAGAUCAUUGGCCUGAGGGAGCUGUACCAGACUAUUAGCAAAUGUCCAAAGCUGAUCAUCAGCAUGCUGUGUCCCUGUGUCAUGAAGACUAAUAUUAACUCACAAGAACUGACAACCCUCAUUGACGUGAACAGAAAGUAUCAGGAGGAGAGCCACCUGCUGGUGGAGAGUGGGCGGUACGACACCAGGGACGAUUUCACGGUAGUGGUGCAGCCCUUCCUGGAAAACGUGGCCAUGCCCAAGACCACGGCGGGGUCGCCGGACACUUCUUUCUUCGCCCCUGACUGCUUCCACUUCAGUGCCAAGGCGCACGCCCGCGCUGCCAGAGGCCUGUGGAACAACAUGCUGGAGCCCAUCAACCAGAAGACCUCAUGGCAAGAGUUUGAAAUCAAGGUCAACCUCACGUGUCCAGAUCAGGCCUGGCCAUUUCUGAGCACCUACAAGAACCUGCGGUCUCAUGGAACCUUGGUACCGUGUAUGGACAGAGCGCCCUCGCCCUCUCCUCCCACCUCAGUGAAUGCCCUGAGACCUGCAGACAUUAAAGUGGUGGCUGCUCUCGGCGAUUCUCUCACUGCUGGCACUGGAAUUGCCACCAAACCAGGCGAACCUUUUAAUGCCACCAAACAGUAUCGGGGACUGUCAUUCAGUUCAGGCGGUGAUGACUCCCUGAAAAAUGUGACCACAUUACCUAAUAUCCUCCGGGAGUUUAAUCCAAGUCUCACAGGCUACGCCGUGGGCACCGGUGAUGCUAAUGAAACAAAUGCAUUCCUCAAUCAGGCUGUUCCUGGAGCAAAGACUAGGGACCUCGUGGACCAAGCCCACGCUCUAGUGCAGAGGAUGAAAGCGGACACGAGAGUGGAUUUCCAGCGCCACUGGAAGGUCAUCACCGUGCUGAUUGGAAGCGCCGAUCUCUGUGACUACUGCACGGACUCGAAGACGUAUUCCGCAGCCAACUUUACUGCACAUCUCCGCAAAGCCUUGGACGUCUUGCACAGAGAGGUGCCCAGAGCCCUGGUCAACCUCGUGGACUUCAUGAGCCCAAGUGUCAUUCGCCAGGUGUUCCUGAAGAACCAGGACAAGUGCCCAGUGCAGCAGGCCAGGCUUCUCUGUAACUGUGUUCUGGACCAGAAAGGGAAAUCUGAACAGUUAGACAUCAUCACCCAGGUCUACCAAGACAGAAUGCGUCAGCUGGUGGAUUCAGGCCGCUACGACACCCGAGGAGACUUCGCCGUGGUUCUGCAGCCCUUCUUCCAAAACGUCCGGGUCCCAAGCCUACAGGAUGGACGCCCGGACACCUCCUUCUUCGCCCCAGACUGCAUCCACCCAAAUCAGAAAUUCCACUCCCAGCUCUCCAGGGCCCUUUGGGCCAACAUGCUUCAGCCACUCGGAAUGAAGUCGAACACCCUGAAGCUGGCAGCGGUGAUCCCCGUUUCCUGCCCCACCAAGACUUGUGGGUCAUCCGCCUCCAAGAGUGGCAGGAAGAAGGAGGAUGUGGGAAGUACCAGAGGUAAUGGUUUCAGAUUUCUCGCAUGCUGGUGUUGGGCUUUGAGUAAAGAGGAUUUAAAUUAUGUGGCUUUUAAGGUGACAUGCCCACCAGUCCAAAUGAUUAGAUGCAAAGUCCUAGAAAUCCCUAAUGGGCCAGGCGUAAACUCUUUAACCAAAUCACCAUCACUUCUUAAGGAGCUGUCAGAUUCUGUCUUGAGAAAGGUGUAGGGCAGCUAUUUCAUAGGCCAGGCACUACUAGGAGCUAAGAAUGAGAAGGCAAAGAUAAAUAAGACAGCAUGUAUAUUCUCAGAGCUCAUAAUCCUAUUGCUCACCCCUUGUCAGGGCAUGGACAACCCUUACCUGGAUCACUGACAUGGUCCCUGACUUGUCUUCCCAACUUUCCCACCUCCCUCCCUUCUCCAUUCACCCCUCACUUGCUGCUAAAAAGUGACCCCAGUCUUGUCCCAGCUGUUGAGAGUCCUUCCUCAGGCCCUUACUCCCUAUUGAGUAGAGGCCAGAGGGAAGGCUCACCUCCCCCUAUUGCCUUUGACACUCUGUGCUCCUGGCAAAGGGACCAACAUUCCAGACAAGCCCCCCCACAAUUGCCUCUCUCUGUGCUCUGACAACUGUCAGUUUCUCCUCUUAGCGGGUCACCCCCCAACUCCACCUGUGCUCAUGUUCUCCCAGCCUCAGAUGUUUUCCUCUCUGAGAUCUACUUUGUCAUCUAUUACUUCCCCCACCCCCAGACACUCACCUGCGUUGUGCGCUCCUUUCUGUUGGUGCUUCUCAUGAGACCCUGACUCAUUCUCCUCGCUGGUGUGAUGGUUUCGGUACCUGUCUUAUAUGCCUACUGGACAAUGAGAGAAGGUGACCCACCUUAGACCUCAGAUACCGAUCACUGCUGCGAGCACCAGGCUCAGCAGAGCAGGCACUUGAUGACUGUCCCUUCAGAGUAAGGAAAACACAGAGGCGGGAGGAAGAAUAGAAUCCAGGGAGGAAGGUCCAUGUGCCUCCUCCCCCAGCCCUUCUCACAUUGGUGUCCUUUAAUCGACUCCAGAAACAGCUGUCCACCCGUGUCUACCUUGCCUGAUUUCCUGAGCACUCCUGGGAUGACAGUAGUUUUCCAAGAGUAGC